CAAGGACUCCGAGAUGAUGAGGUGUUGUGGUGGUGGUGGUGGUCGCAAACACCUCCUCACCAUCAACAUCAACAGCACCACUUGUUCUGCCAUCAUGACCGCUUGUUCUGCCAUCCCCACCAUGGUGUUGUUUGCGUUGCUGCUGCUGCUGUCGCCGGUGGCUGCGGCGUGUGAGUGCGAUGCGGGUGCAAGGACGACGAUGCUUGAUUGCUCGAACCAAGGCCUGACUGCGCUGCCCACAGGCGUUUUGCGGCAGUGCCCCAAGCUGCGCCAGCUGGACGUGAGCGACAACCAGCUGACCUCGCUUGACUGGACUGAGUUCCCUGCCGGGGAAGCGCAGUUGACCGCGCUGGAGACGCUCGUGCUUUCCAACAACAAGAUCACGCGCGUGAUUGGCACCGCAACACAAGUGGUCCUGCCCGCGCUCACGACAAUGGACCUGAGCUACAACCAGCUGUCCGACAUGGAGGCGGCCGCGUUUCAGCACGCCGUGCCCAAGCUGGCGUCCCUUGACCUCAGCAACAACAACCUGCGAGCUGUCUCCGCCGCGUGGCUGCAGCACCUCCCAGAUUUGGAAGGCUUGUCCCUGAGCGCAAACAACCUCACACACCUCAACGGCAACCCGUUUGUUCACCAGACGCGCCUGGCCCAGCUCGAUCUGCGCCAAAACCGCAUCAGCGUCCUCGCUGCAGGCUACUUCAAGGGCCUCUCCAGCUUGGACCAGCUCCUGCUCAGCGAGAACGCCAUCGCUACCCUGCCGGCGGACGACGUGUUUGUGGGCAUGCCCGUGCUGAAGGGCCUCAACCUUCGCGGCAACCUCCUGCACUCCCUCAACGCGUCCACCUUCAGCGGCAGCCUGGCUGCAUCGCUGCAGGAGCUCGACUUGUCACGGAACCGCUUUGCCACCACCGCCACCAUCGUGGACGUCCUGCGCACGCUGACGCUGCUGUCCUCCAUCGGCCUCGCUGGCAACCGCCUUGACGCCGUUACGGCCGCGUUUAUCGGUGCCAUGCCCGCGCUCACCGACCUCUCCCUCAACAGCAACCGCAUCACGGCGCUGCCUGCAAACGUGUUCGCUUCUGCAGGUCCGGGUCUGCGGUUUGUGGAUCUCGCCAACAACGCCAUCCCAGCGCUGCCGGAGAACGUGUUCAGGCCCGUGCGCCGCCUGACCAGCCUGCGUGUUGCAGGCAAUCGUAUCACCUCCGUCCCGCCAACCGUGUUCCGGGGGCUCACCCAUCUCCAGGGCAUCGACCUCAACUUCAACAUGCUCACCUCCCUGCACGAGGAGACGUUUCGCGGGCUGUCGCAGCUUGUUGGACUGUACGUCAACAGCAACCGCCUGUCCGCCCUGCCGCCCACGGUCUUCCAGGGCCUGCCCAACCUCAAAUGGCUGUUCAUGAGCAACAACACCUUCACCACGAUCGACGCGUCCCUCUUCUUCAACUUGCCCGCCCUCAACAUCAUCCUGCUCAACCACAACGCGCUCACGGACAUCACGGGGGACUGGCUGCGCAUCACCAACCUCACUACCAUCGCCCUGCACAACAACAACUUUGCCACCGUCUCUGCUCCCCUCAGCGCACUCUUGCAGCACGAGCGCACACAGAUGUUCAGCAUGCUGCACAACCCGUCCGUGUGUGUGCGCGGGCUCGACCCCGACACCCGCGCCGUCGUUCUGCGAUGUGAUUGCGCAGAGGGCUACUUUGGCACGAGCACGUGCACGCCGCUGAGCGAUGUGGUUGUGUUCCGCACCAUCUUCUCGGCACAGGCCGGUAUCAUCCUGGAGAACAAGCGACUGCAAGGUGGUGAGUUCACAGCAGACCUGAGCAACCUCCCAUCCACCCCCGAGCAGGGGCCCAACCUGUUUCCCUUCAACCUCACCCUCGUCACCAGCAGCGGUGGCAGUGACACUGGUAGCGAUGGUAGCGAUGGUGGCAAUGGUGGUGUUGAUGGAGAUGGUGGCAGCCAAGGACCUUCCUCGGCAACAACAACAACAACAACAACAACAACAGCAGCAGCGGUGACGACCUCGCACGUGACCGUUGAGCUGCCUGUUGUGCUGUCUGCGUUUGCCGUGCAGGGCCAGGUGUUACCUGAUGCUGUGGACUUCGACGCUCCCGUCCCCGCCCGCGAUGUUGUCUUGGACACCUUGGCUGUGAACCAGCCGCUGCCCUUCGUGGACUUGGACGUGCAGCCAAACCCGUACAUCCCCACCAAUAUCACCUUCGCCGUGCAUGGAGAAUUGCCUGCAGGCAUCGCCAACACGACGCGCGCGGACGGCUGGCUGGAGGGCACGCUGCUUGAGGCGGGCCGGUUUGACUUCACCAUCGUCGGCACGGAUCUGUUCACGCUGGAGAGCAAAGCUGUGGCGCACGUGACCCUUGCCGUGGCCAACUGCGGGCCCUCCACGUGCCUCAACGCAGGAACGUGCGUGAACCACAACCCGGACACACCGGACGACAACGCCUUCCACUGCCAGUGCCGGUCUGCCUUUGCCGGCCGCUUCUGCGAGAAGGACCGCGCCGUUGUGUCGCGCGGUGUUGACCCGGCCCGCCUACGCGAUGGUCUCAUUGGCGCUGCGUUUGCCGCCGCUGCCGUCGUGCUGCUCGCCUGGUGGAUCCAGCGCGAGCGCCUGAAGAAGUCGUACCACGUGUUUGUGAGUUAUCGCCAGGCAACAGAUGCGCCACUUGCUGAGCGGGUGGUGCGUGCGCUUCAGGCAUGCACGGUGGACGGGCAGCCGCUGGUCGUGUUCUGGGACCGGCUCUCGAUUGAGGUUGGCGACAACUGGCAGCUCAAGUUUCUCAGCGGAGUGCAUCGAUCGUGCAUGUUUGUGCCCAUUGUCUCCAACGCCGGCGUGGCAAACAUCGAGCGGGUGAGCGUGUUCGACAGCAAACCAGACAACGUGCUGCUUGAGUACGAGACGGCGCUCUCGCUGCAUCGCAAGCGCCGAAUUGGUAUUUUCCCCCUCUUCGUGCAGGGUGGCGGUGGUGGUGGCGGUGGUGGUAUGAGCAGUGAUGUGGGUGCUGGUAUGAGCAGUGAUGUGGGUAGUCAUCAGGUGGGUGGUGGUGGUGGCGGCGAUGGUGGCGGGGCUAUGAAGCGUGGGUGUGGUGCUGGUGGUGGUGAGCUGUUCAACUUUGACUAUGACCGCUUUCCGAACGGGCCGAGCAAGACGAACAAGAACGUGCCGGUGUGCGAGACAAUGAAGCAGCUGUUUGCCAUCCAGGGCCUCUUUGUUGACAGCGAGCGGGGGCUGAGCGACAGCGACGUCACCACGGUCAUGUCAUACUUCACCAGCAAGGUGUGGAACGGGCGGGGACACAACAAGCAGCAGCCGCGCAAGGAGCAGGGGCUGGGACUGAAGCGCCACUGGCACAGCAACGCCAGCAGAAGCCGGCGGGCACGCGGUGUUGUGGGCGCACUCGUCACGCCCCGUAACUGGCGCCGUGGCCAUGGUGAUGAUGGUGGUAGUGCUGGUGAUGGGGAUGGUAGUGGUGACGCGUGGGUUGGUAAAGGUGUUGGUGUUGAUGAUACUGUUCACACGACAACAGCACCAACAACAACAACGACGACGACGACGCUCACACAGCCACUUCUUGCUGACGAGAGGGUGUAAAUAGGG